CUCCCGGAGCUCCCUGAUUCCCUCCCUGCUGCUCCAGGGCGAGGAGCUCAGCGAGGCCAACGUGCGGCUCAGCCUCCUGGAGAAGAAGCUGGACAGCGCAUCCAAGGACGCAGAUGAUCGUGUGGAAAAGAUCCAGACGAAGCUGGAUGAGACCCAGACACUGCUCAAAAAGAAGGAGAAGGAGUUUGAGGAGACCAUGGACGCUCUGCAGGCCGACAUCGACCAGCUGGAGUCGGAGAAGGUGGAGCUGAAGCAGCGGCUGAACAACCAGUCCAAGCGGACGAUUGAGGGGCUCCGGGGGGGCCCGGCCUCGGGCGUCGCCUCCAUCGUGUCCGGCAUCGCCGGCGAGGAACAGCAGCGAGGUGUGGGUGCCGGGCAGGUGCCGGGAGGCGGCUCCGGCCCCGUGCAGGUGAAGGACUCUCCGCUGCUGCUGCAGCAGAUCGACGCCCUGCAGCUCUCCCUGAAGCACCUCAAGAACGAGAACAACACGCUCAAG